AUGCGGAGCCCCAGGUUUGAGUACUCGCGACACAGCUGCGUCGAGGCUGCCCUCGGCCUCCUUGCCCGUCAGGCAGACCUGCACAAGGCAUGUGAGCCAGGGGGCCGACUCUACGAGGACCGGUGGAUGGUUUUCUCGCUGCCCGCACACGACUUCUUGUUGGCAGCCAUGGUGGUCUGCUUGGACCUCUCUGUCCGCAUGCGGUCGCGCGAGUCUGCUUUGAUGCAAGGGCCGGAUCAUCAGCAGCAGCUCACAGCAAGAGAGUAUCGAGCUCUCCAAACAUCUCAGCGGAUAUGGUCCGUCCACAGCUCCACAUCGCCCGAGACGCGCGUCCCAGCACUGGCGCUCGAUCUGAUGAUCAAGAAGGUCGCCGAGAAUGACUCCGGCCUUUUUGGCAUGCAUGCCACUCCGUCUGCUGAUGCGGCUCCGAGUGGGGGUGCCGAACUGCCCUAUGCUGGGCCCAUGUCAGAUAUGAUUGACGGGUCUGAGAACAUUGACUGGGGGUUGUUGGAUCAGUACUUCCUGAAUCUGGAUGGUACAGUCACAGACUCUACGUUAUAG